GAGGGCUGAAACAGGAGAGGAUAUUGCCUAACAAUGCUACCUGUGUUAGGUAUUGGCCAGUAGGUAGCAGAAACGGGGACGGAAAUCACAGACCCCUAUCCCGAAUGAAACACAGCAGGUUCCUCUAAAGCCUUGGCCCUAUUUCCGUGACUCAGAUGUACAGUUCUGUUCUGGACCCUGGGAAUUCUUUUCAAUGGCUGAAGUGGAGAAGUUGGCUGAUGAUCUCCUCACUCAGCCGUGGCUCUCCGUGCGUAUUGGUGACUCUCCUUUCCUGCUGAAGGCCACUUUCAGCGACACUGCCUACAAAUUGAUGCUGUGGGAUCACAACAGUGUCUGGUGGGAGGAGAUGAACUCGGAUGAUCUGAAACAAAGGGCUCAGGAGCUGAACAAGCGGCUGAAGGCGCCCGUGUCAGCGUUCUGCCGGUACCUCCGUGAGGCAGUGGGCCCCCUGCUGCGAGGCGGAGGCCGUGAUCCCCUCCCUGGCUUCGUGUGUGAGCGAGCUCAGAACCUGCUCAGCAUCAGCCUGAGGAGUGAGUUAUCCGGUGUGCCUUUCUACUGGACUUUCCGCUGCACCGAGGCCCCCAUGAGUAUGGUAUCUCAUCACAUGAUCUGCCCAUUACUGAAUAUAAUGCAGGCUUUGCACAGGCAGACUCGGGACCUGAUGUUGCUCUUGGAAAGGAAAGAUGCAGAGAUUCUUGACUAUAAGGAAAAUGGUGCUACGUUGAGUAGAGAUCGCUUGGAGACUGAGACUUUCAACGAGGAGGAAUUUAAAGACCGUUUUUUUGCAGAGUGUCUGUCUGAGGCCAUUAGCACGCAAGAUGGGAGAGUGUUUAACUCUGAGCUCCAGACUCUCUACACAAUGGUAACAGCAGCAAAGGGGAAGCGAAAAAGAGAACAAGACUCAGAAGGGGAGGAUGGUAAGAAUCCUCAAUCUAGUCUCGGAGAAGUACAAAAUAUAACUUCAGCUGAAACAAAGCAAGAAGUUGUCACGCCAAAUCCUGAAGGGAGUUCAAAAGUAAAAAAACAGGCAUCCAACAGUCUGCGCACUUCAGCAGCCCGAAGAAAUUUUGUUCUUUCCACCACAAAGCAGAAGAAAAAGAAAAGCAAAGGAAUUUUUAGUUAAUUUUAAAACUGAUAAUGCUGUUUUUUUAAGUAGAAAGAGGUGCUUGCCUUCACCACUCCCUUUCUAUCUGCUCUCCCACUUCCCCGUCCCACCCUUUUAUCACAGAAAGAGGCCAUGAUAGUCAUGCAGUGGAUGGUGUCAGCAGCAUUUUUAUACAAUUUGUGAAGCUUCCAUCCUCUUCCCUACAUCGAAGUCUGUUCAAAGGCAACUUGCAAGAGGUCGAGAACUAUAGCAACAGUUCACGUUGCAGCUCAAACUUUACCAAACUGUCUGAGGUUCCCAAAAUUUGAUGGCAACUUAAAUUUUAUACUUAAAUACUUAAGUAUACUAAAUACUUAAAUUUAAAUCCCAGAGGUGUCCAACUCUUUCUAAUCCCAGGAACUGAGUCUCUACAAAAGAUCCCCUUUAAAUAUGGAGUCAUGAACUGUGCCAAAAUUAUUAGACUUAUCUGUUCCAUCGACUACAGGAGUAUACUUGCAUGAUGAUGUUUGCCAUCGUAGUUGUUUUCAAAGGACAACUGUUGGAGGCUGGUUGAUUUAAUUUUCAAUUUACGGUAAUAACCCCACCAGGAGAACAGGAAUUACUUUAAAUUCCAAGGUGGCAAAAUUGUAAUACAAAGUACAGGAGGAUUUGAGGAGUAGGGAGCUGGAUGACUAUUGCUUCCAUUACUCUGUAAACUGUGACUGAGAUAGACUUGCUAACAGGCUCAGUUUUCCCUUUCAGUGCCCUACUUAAGGUGAAACUCUAGCAAGCAGGUCACCUUACCUUCCCCAGCAAUUUACCAACCAUUCAGGAUGUGAACUAAGUGCCUGUGAUUAGCCUGUAAUUUUAUUCAGAAUAACCCUGAUAUCAAAGGAUCAGUCUAACUACAUGUCUGCCCUUAUCUCUAUUUAACUUUUAACUUUGCUUCUCUUUCUCCGCUCCUGUCCUCCAUCCAUCUCCUCUUCUCUCGGUUUCUUCAUCUCGCUCAUUUCUCAUUCCAUUCUCUUUCUCUUCACUUCUUUAUUCCGUUUUAUUCUCUUUCCUCUUAGAUUUCUAGCUUUGCUACUUGAUUUUUCAUCUCACUCUUUUUUUUCUUCUUGUUAUUUAUUUCUCUCUCAUCAUUCGAUUCUCAUUUGUCUCUUUACAUUUUCCUAUUGUCUCUCGUUUGUCUUUUGCUUCUCUACACCACUGUCCAUUCAUUCUCUUUCCAUCCUUCCUUUUCCAACUCUUCGCUUUUCGUCAGUCUCACAUCUCCACCUGUCCAUUUUCAUCUCUUUCACUUCUUGUUCUUGGACCUAUUUUGUUCCUCUGCACCUCUCCUUUGCUGUCCUGUUUCUUUCUGUCUCUCGGUCUCUUUCUCCUCCACCCUUUCCAGUGCAUCUCUCUUCUCUUACCCAGAUAUACUAUAACCAUUUAAAGCAACCAAAUUUUUAAAAAAAUGAUGGCUACAAAACUUUUAUUACUUUUAUUAAACUGUAUAUAAAUGUAUAUGUAUUGUCAUGUUGGCAACUUUGGUAAUAAUCAGACUGGCAGGACCUCCUUUAGAACUUGUCAGUCAGACUGAUGCAAGAACUUUAUAAUAUGUUUUAGAAGAUAAUCAACUUUUAUUAAACUCCCACUUGGUUCGGAAGUUGCAGGCACUUUUUAAUUUCAGAACCUGCUAAUCACUGUUUCUUCAUUAGCAAUUUUUUCCUCUUUCCCUCACCCACCCUCAUCUCUCUGUUUCUAACCCAGUUUAGACAUCAAAAUUUAUAGGUUCGGUACAUUAUUCCAAAUUUAAAUUAAAUAGUUGCAAAUUACCACUAUACCAACAAAAGUAACUACUUUGUCUAAUUAAUUAAAGACUCCUCAAGAAUCCCUACUCGGGAGCAACAGAUGGUAUGAAUUUGACCAGCAACUGCUAUCUACUUCAUUUUGUACGGGGCUGAUUUUACGUUUAAUAGGAAACACUGAAAGCUGAUUGUGAUGACAAAAAUCUCAACUGGAAUUUGGUUUCAGACUCCUUUGCUUUUUAAAUGACUUAACUAUUGCUGCAUGCACAAUAAUUGCCUCUAUUCUUUAUAUCAAGAUUUUUCCACUUCCCUUUUCUCCCCUUCCCCUUAAACUGGGUGCUAUCAUAGUGGAAUGAUGUGUGAAUUGCUUGAGCUCUCUGCCUUUGAUGUCCCUUUUCCAUUUUAAAGAUUGGCAGAGUGUGAAAAAUCCUGCUGCCAUAACAUUGUGUAAAUACGUCCUUAAACUAAAUGUUGCUUUUACAAAUCUUGCUUUUACUCCUUUUUUAAAAAAAAGCUGAACACCAAAAUAAAGAUUAUUUUUAAUUCACAAAAA